AUGAUGACCCCCAAGGAGGAAACUCACCUUGAGGACGUCCUGCCGAAGGGCGCACAGGGGGGAGAUGUAGAGAAUGUACUGAAGGAAUUCUUCGCGACGCACAUUCCGCUUAGCGUCCAAAUGGCGAAACUGCAAAAGGGGGGGAGUAACGAAGGGGCCCUAAAAAUGAUGAGAAAUAAUAUGAACAAACUGAUAGAGGAAUGCUUCUUUGUAUUGCACAGCAUUAUCAGCUGUACACUGAGAGGCGCUUUAAAGAUCGAGACGAUUGAAGAGGCACAGAGGUACCAGUUGAUCUACGUGUGGUUCAUUCCUCUUUGUGAAGUGGGGAGGAGAAAAGGGGCAACCACUUACUGUGAAGGUGCAACUGGGGAAGGGGUAGAUGGAGAGGGGGGGAAAGACCUAUGCCAAGCUACCUCCACUACCCCCCACUACACCUCCGAUUUUCUUCCAAAUGGGAAGGACUCAGGGGGAAGGAUGACUACCCAUGUGGAAAGGCUCUUCCCAUUCGGAGGGGUCUACCUCAGUGAGUGGAUCAUAACGGGGGUUAACAAAGCGUUCAGCGUGAUGAUGAGCGGUGGUGGUGAUAGCGGCGUUAGUGGUGGCGCUCCCCAGGUGGCCCUCGAAAAUUGGUCAUUCGUCCUGGACUUGAUCAAAUUUGUCUAUUCCGAGGGGGAUAUCUUAUCAAAGUACCUACGCGGAGGGGUGCCGCGCCAAGCGGAGAAUGCGCAACCCCCCCAGAGUGCUUCCCACGUGGAAAAGCACAACAGCAACGUAAAGGAAGUUAAGCAGCGGGAAAACCACAUGGAGACAGCAUUGGGAAAGUACCAUGAAGAUACUCACAACAUUAUUAAGGCAUAUUUUACCCUCCCAUUUGUCCUCUUUAAGUGUAUAACCAAUGUAGGGGGGAAAAAAGGAGACGACGAAAAGAGAAAGCUGUACAUUUAUCGGCACAUCAUUCCAGGGGAGUUGAACGACGAGGGGUUUUCCAUGCAUGCUGUGAAGACUUGUGUCUUUUAUUGGUUGCAUGGAGACGAGGGUACAGUGAACUACGAAAAGAUGGCCCUGUUGACGAAGCGGCUGGUGAGCUGCCAUUUGGUGAAUCCCUUUUGUCAGACACUGCUUGGGGGGAUUUUGCGGGGAGGGGGAAGCGGCAAAGUUGAAGAGGCGGAGGAGGCGGUCAUGGCCUGCAUGGCGGCCGACUUGCGGGAAAGCCCAAAUGACUCAUUGAAGUUAACCCGGAUGAACGCCCCCCUGCAGAAGCUCUUCUACUACGUGCACCUGUACUGCCACGGGGAACACGGCGGAGAGAAACUGCUCACCAGCUUAAUCGAGAGCAUGAGUCCCUUUGUUAAGGUCGUUCAAAAUGAAGAGGAGCUCUCCCUAUGUCUGUUUAACCGAAAGGUAAAGCACCUCCUGUGUGUACUUAUCAACCUUAUCUUUUUGUACAAAUGGGAUUUCUACAUUUUGGAAAAAUUCUUCAGCAUCUUUUCCCGUAGCUGCUUACCCCUCAGUUUGUCCCUCUCCUUCAUUGAGCUCAUAGCCGAUUUGGUGGGGCCCAAUUGGACAGCCUCCAACUCUCUAUUCAAGAGCUUCACACGGGAGAAAAAAGUGAUUCACUCCAGUGAGGUGAUUCUGGGGAGAAGAAGUUACCGCUCCGUUGUUAGGCAAGUGAAGGGGGAGGAAAAUCAAAGCAGAAAUAGCUGUACUAUAGAUUACCCAUCGGAUGAACAGAGCAGGGUAGGAAUAAUGGCGUUCGAUUUUUUACAAGAAAUGUUCUUCUUCGUCAUGGGACAGUUCUCCCCAGAUUCUCAACAGAAGGACGCUUCCAUUUUUGUGCCCAUCAUUUUGAGCAAAUUACUCUACACAUUUAGCACGCACAUGAAAUUUGUGAAUAAAAAACUUGUCGAGAGUUUGUACCACUUUGAGGGACUUUCCAAGGUGGAGUUACACACGUACAAAGUGAAUACCCAGCAGAGUGCAAAAGUAUUUGAAAGGGUCACGACCAUGGUGCGUGAGUUGUUUAAGCAAAAGGAUGAAGUGUCCUUGGUCGCUGGGCAAAUACUGGCUGAGCAUUUCAGGCUCUACGUUGAUGGGUUAUCUUACAAGGGGGGAAAAAAGGACGUGCGAACUGCUGCAAAUAUGGGCAGUUGUGAAGACCCCAGGGAGGGGGGGAGUCUCUUCCCCAAUUUGCACCAACCAGCAGAGCGCUUCCCGGAGGAACUCAGGUGCUUCAAGGUUAUUAAGCAGAGGGGGUUCGUCUACUUGGAGGACCUCAUCCUGGGGGGUGAAGCGGCGGGUGAAGCGGCGAGUGAAGAGGAGAGUGACGAAUGUGGUGAAGAGGCGGGCGAAGAAGAGAGUGACGAAGUGGGUGAAGAGGCGGGUGACGAAUCGGAUGAAGACGCGAAUGACAAAGCGGGAGAUGCCACCCUGGUGGCCACCCUGCGGGAAGCACCCCCUGGCGCGGGGAAGAGAAAAGGCGAAGACGACAUGCUGAUGCAAAACGCAGAUUCGUUGAUCGACAACGACCUGUACGACGUGGAAGAGAAGCAAUUCCUAGUUGAGUUAGAAUUGCAAAAUGAAUUUUACCUUAACGUGGAUAGGAACAAGCACAUGUAUACAGACCCUCCGGAAGAUCUGUUCGAAUGCCUCCACAGAAUGAAAAGCAAAGCAAAUUACAUCGAAAGAAAUGAGCCAGAUGUAAACUACGACCAUUUGAAAUUGAAUGACAAGAAGGAGACAUAUGAUGAAGAAAAUUUCCGCAUAAGUCAGGCAGUGGUCUCCUUACCCAGAUUGAUUAAAAGGGGAGAUGUGUUAACCUAUUUGUGUGUAGAAUUAUAUGAAGCGGUACUUUCGCUAAACCAUUCGAGCUGUCUGCUGCGAGAAGGGAAGAGCCCCUUCGCUACGAUCAAACUGUUCGACAUGAUCCUUCUUACCAUCAAUGCACCAAUUGAGAUUUGCAAAUAUGUUUUUAAAAAUGUCUUCUCGAAUAUGCACUCGAUUGUGCAGAAGAUGGUGAUGCUCUUGUGUCUGCAGUUCUGCGUGCUGUUUCUUUCGGGUCGCGCUACUCUGCGCGAGGUGUUUCAGAGCGCGAGAGAGGUUUUGGCGCAGAUGGGGCUGCGCGGGGAAGGGGCGAGUGAAGAGGCUACCCGCCGCGUGGACCGCCAAACCGACUUAGGAAGCAUCUCGGAUAGAUUUUACCAUCUGGUUGAAAGUUUCCCAAGCAGGAGUUCUCCAAGUGGUGAUGGCGCUAACUAUGACGAGGGCGCUUUCCAUGCCGCGUCCGAAGGGAGGUCGCUCCCCCUGCCGCCUGAUUCGCAGAGUAAACGGAAAUCGGACGGCGCACAGGAGGGGGGGCAACAGGUCCUCGCCGCUAGCUGCGAUAGCGGCGAUAGAGGUACUAAUGGAGAGGAGGAGGAACCACUCCGAAGGGGAAGCACAGGAUGGUGGUGCAAGCCAAAUAGGGACAGACACGAGAGAAGCAACAUUUGUGAAAUGCGAGAAAAAGGAAGUAAUUCCGCUCUGCGUAAAAAGAAGGAAGCCUCCAAGGUGAGCCUCCAAAAUAGGGGGAAAAAAACCAAAUCGAUGACCACCCUUUGCAGCUUCUUCUUCGCUAGUGCGUAUACAAAACUGCUGGACGUAAACAUAAAAAGGGAAGAGAUCAGCAUAGAGUAUGACGAAUAUGACGAAUACAAGUUGAGAAAAUAUUAUUCAAAUGAUGCAUCCUUAGUCCUAUUUUUAAUCUCAACGUACACGGUAUUUUUUACGAGCUCGUGCAAUUGCAACUUCUCUGUAGACGACAUUUUGGCUGAUGGAUUUACCUUAACAAAUUUUUACAUUCGAAAUAAAAAUCCCCUCGUUCGAAGAGUAUGUUUUAAGUUACUAUUUCAUAUGGUAAAUUUUAUUUUAAAAAAAAAAAAGUUUUAUUUGUUGGAGCAUGCAACUUACAUGGACGUGAUUAGUUAUAUGUUGAAAAAUGUCCGCUUCGAUCAGGACGACCCCUCCGUACACCUCAUGCAGUGCAUCUUGCGUGUGCACGAAGCGGUAAAGGGGGUACUCAACGGAGGCGAAAGGGGGAAUAACUGA